AGCUUUGACAACGCGCUGCUGUCAGGCUAUUUUUAGUUCCCCGAUUCGGUAGCCGCGGCUGAUAUAAAGUGCGAGCUUUGCGUAUGAUCGCUUCACUUCUCGCAUUUUUCUCGCUGUUCUCAUCCGCGAUGGCCGCUAACAAGGAACGUACCUUCAUCAUGAUUAAGCCCGAUGGUGUCCAGCGUGGACUCGUCGGCAAAAUCAUCGAACGCUUCGAGGCCAAGGGCUUCAAGCUGGUCGCGAUGAAGUUCAUGUGGCCAUCGAAGGAAUUGCUCGAGAAGCACUACGCCGAUCUGUCGGCGCGUCCAUUCUUCCCCGGACUGGUCACGUACAUGAGCUCCGGCCCGGUUGUGCCGAUGGUCUGGGAAGGCCUGAACGCCGUCAAGACUGGUCGCAAGAUGCUGGGAGCCACCAACCCGGCCGACUCCGAGCCAGGCACCAUCCGUGGCGAUCUGUGCGUGCAGGUGGGCCGCAACAUCAUCCACGGUUCGGACGCUGUCGAAUCGGCCAACAAGGAAAUCGCCCUGUGGUUCAAGGAUGAGGAACUGGUGUCCUGGACCCCGGCCGCCGAAGGAUGGGUGUACGAAUAAGCAGCAGUAAUUUGUGUACGGUGCGGCGUCAGGAAUCAAGCAUUUACUACCGCCCGAGCAAACGGGGAGUGUAUUCCUUUUUUAUUUUAUACAAUUACAUGUUUUGUCGUACUCGAUUGCUUUUAAGUGCUUCUUGAGAAAGAGAACGCGAAUGGAAGAAUAAAUGCUAGAAUCGUGAAAAAA